UGUGUGCUUGCUUACGAAACUGUCUCCAUGCUGUAUAGCGUUUCUCUUGAUCGAGAAGAAACAUAAGCUGUCCUGCUGCUUCACAUCAGCUGAGUUGUGUAGUAAAUUCUAGGUCCUCUGUUUAUUUGUGCUGAAGCCACUGUAUUAAAUGCAGAACCCAGUACGUUUGGCAGCAAGUUAAUUGCACUAGUGUUUUGUAAAGACGCUGAUCUAAGGAAGCUAGCCUGGAUCAUUGAGUGCCCCUCCCCAGUAUGAAUUACCUGGAAGCUCUCUGUUUUUAGGCAGGCGUUUCAUUUGUUUCUUUAUUGUGUUUUUUCGUACAAAGGCAAAGGGUAAUGGUGUUUGCUACUGCAAGCAAAAACACCACAGUCCUAACCUGAAUGCUCACCAGCAUUUCCUGUUCAGUAAGAAUUUCUCCUUGUCUUGAAAGUAACGAUCAGUCUGAAUAACCCCGUUGGGCAUUUUAAGGUCUUGUCUUCAACAGGGUAACACCCUUUUUAUGUUCACGUUUUAUUCCCUCUUAUGUCUUUGACGCCGGCAGUUUCGGGGCUUCUUGCAUUUCACCCUGUUCUGAGAAUAGUGCAUCUUGUUUUCUAAGACCAGUGUAUUGUGCCAUACACCUUUAAAAAAAUGCAGGACCUGAAAUAACAGGCAGCAGUCAGUCCGGCCCCAGUUCAGUGUAACCUGAGAGUGAGCUAUUAAUAUCUCCAGCCUUUCAGUGCGUGUUCCGCUGGUAUUGAAGUGGGGAAAGGGAUAAUGACAGUUAUCCCUCACCUUCCUUCCUUCGUCAAUUCUGUUUCCUCCACUUUUGUAAAAUCUCAGUGGAAUUCAAGGUGAUUUUGUGUGUUUUGAGUGCCCCAUGGGUAAAUCCAGAAGAGGCUGUUGGCGCCAUUAAACGUAUCCGUGCUCUGACUCUACUUUUGCAGUACAAAUAACAUUUCCAAAACUUUUUUUUUCAAAAAAACAAGAUUUCUGCAGUUCCAGUGAUAGCGCCUCCUUUCAGCCCAUCAGGACCCAGAUCUCAAUCCCAACAGCCCAUGUCAUGCCUUCCACUGCAGGUAUUUUGGCACAAAUGAACAGCGCUGCUCAGGAUUCUAGAGACUCGAGAACAAAAUCCUCUCCGCUCUCCAAACCGGACCCUCCCAACCUGGAUAUGGGCGGCAUGUCUAAUGGAGACGUGAAAUCCGCACCUGUCGAUUCCGUGAAUCGUUACCGGACUCUUGUGAACGAACUGGAGUACCAUUCUCUGUUUCCCAAUGCUGACAAGUCUUGUCUGGAUGAAUGUGGAAAAUUCAACAGGCCUGCUAUAGAACCAACCAUGAACCAGUCUGCACUGUUGGACACUUUUUACGGUGACCCGCGGUUCAGAACGGAGACCAGUAAUCAUGGAGAGACAGGCAAGGACAACUACGGCUCCUUAGACCGGCCAUACAAGACUCUCCCUGAGAGUAAGACUACCUCCUUGGCUGGGAAUGUGUACGGGCCACAAAACGGUUUCUUGCCAAAUUAUUCGAACUCUGCGCUGAAUGCUGGCAGUGCCUUCGCUGGUCAGCAGGCUCUCCAGUCUCAGAUGUGGAUGAGGGAGCAGAUGAACACCAAAGGGUACGAUGCCAGAAUGCCAGACAGGUCAUGUGACCUCGCUGCCUGGCAGCAUCAGCAGCAGCUUGAGAGUAUUCGGUUACAGGUGGAGCAGAUGCAGUUAAGCGCAGGCUCUCGACCGUAUCCUUCCCUCUACCCCUCUGCCCUACAGCAGGACACCAGUAAGUGGGAUGCUCUCAUUAGAGCCAAUGAGAGCCUACUGAAGGAAAAGGAACUGGUUAUUGACAGACAAAAGCAACAGAUCUCUCAGUUGGAACAGAAGGUGAGAGAGAGUGAGUUGCAGGUGCACAGUGCUCUAAUUGGACGGAACCCUUCCUACAACGACGUCUACCUAUUGAGACUGCAGGAGGCCCAAAGGGAGAACACGUUCCUCAGGGCCCAGUUUGCUGAGCAGACAAGCGGCUUCAACAAGGAGAAGGCUGAAGCAGAGAGGAAACUGGCUGCAGUGGAGGCUGAAGUUCGGAAGUUCAGCGAGACUUUGAAAGAAACCGCCCAGAAGCAUUCUGAAGAAAUGAAGAAACAAGAGGAACGGGUCCGAGGGAGAGACAAACACAUUAACAGCCUAAAAAAGAAAUGCCAGAAAGAGUCUGAACAGAACCGAGAGAAGCAGCAAAGAAUAGAGACGCUGGAGAGGUACCUGGCAGACCUGCCAACACUGGAGGAUUAUCAGAAACAGAGUAACCAGUUGAAGGAACUGGAGAGGCAGUGCGGCCAGCUGCAGGACACGGUGUCCGAUUUAGAGAGGAAGCUGGGCGAGGCACGGGCUCAGUGCAGGGAGAGGGUCGCCCAGCUGGAGAGCCAGAAAGAGAAGGAGCUCGAGCUGAUCUCGCAAGUGCACAGUUUUAGCUUGCAGGAGAAGGUGGAACGGAGCCUGGAGGAUGGGGACAGGUUGCCAAUGCUGGACAUGGAGAAGCUGAAAGCAGAAAACUCCUCUCUCAAAGAGGAGGUGGAACGAGCCAAGAAGGUAAUCGAGAAGCAGCAGAAAAAGAUGGAGCAAAUUGCAUCACAAAUAAAGAGGCUAGAAGAGCAGGGGGCCCAGGAAGAAGGCACUAGCCAGGCUUUGAGAGAGGACCUGGCAGAGAAGGAGAGUGGACUGCAGCAGCUUCGCAAGGCAAUGAAGGAGCUUUCAGCCCAGAACCAGGAGCUGAUUGAGAGGAUCCUGACACUCCAGGAGCAGAUUGGCCAGCCUGGUCAGCGUGAAGCACCGCAGGCAGAGAACGCACAGCUCACACAGAGAUUGCACGGAGAGAUGGCCGCCUGUCUGUACGACCUGCAGUCCCUCUGCAAUAUCCUGAACCAGCGAUCCCAGGGCAGGGACCCCAAUCUCUCUCUGCUGCUUGGAAUAAGAUCUAUGCAGUACUCCUGUGAUGACAGAGAUGACUGGAUGAACCCAGAGGUCCUCGCCAAGAAGUUAACAGAAGUCCAGCAACUCCGACACGAUGUGGAGGAGCUGAGGACCACGAUGUCGGACCGCUACGCACAGGACAUGGGGGAUAAUUGCAUUACACAGUAACUAGUGGGGCUGCCCCAUGCAGGUUCAGAUUUCCAUAUACUCAUGGCAGUGACUUGGUCAUCUCAUAAGUUUGAAAAAUACAUGCAUGGUCAUAAUGUUUUGUCAUGGUAGUUGCAUUUCUGCACAUGUACAGCCCCCCCUCCCCAUAUUUAAUAUGAUAAUGCUGAUGAAUAUAUCACAGGGUCGGUCAGCCUCAAGCCUUAUGGAACUGUUGUGAGACGUGUCUAGUCUUGCUGUUGCACUAAGACCCAGUGUUUUGAGCCUUGCCAUGUUAUGUUUUUUUCACCUCGAGAUAUUAACCAUGCCAAACUAAAUUUAGACUGCCAUUAAACUGAGAUCUGUACCUCUGCAAGGCUUGCCCGGCUGGGUCUAACGGUAUACUACUGAGAUUCAUCCUUUGGGAUCAUUUUGUUGUGGUUGACAAUCAACUGAAUAUGUUAAAAUCUGUUUUUGAGUGCAAGAAAUUCUGUGAUUUGUUGUUAAUCUGAUGUAGUAUUAGUCACUGGAGUGGGGGUGGGUCUGGAGGGUUGGUCCAAUCGGUCAAUGUUUGCAUGCUUUUGGCUCUAGAAUCAUAAGGCAUUAACACUGCUGAUGUCUUACUAUUGUAGAGCCUCCUUUUGUAGAUCAAUUGAUCUUGGAAAAAGAUCAAAGAUGUCAAUAUUCUUUGUAAAAAUUUGUGCAGGCUUUAAACUAAACACUAGCUCCAGUAAUGAAGUGGUUCAGUGCACUAGGAAACUAAAUUUAGAGGCCAUUUGACAAAGGACACAUUUGAAUCGUGGUUUGUAGCAAGUGGACAUGCAGUAUUAACCUUUCUGUAGAUUAUAACUACAUAGGCAUGGUUGCAAUAGAACUUCAGUAACACGAUUGGCCUUCUGUUUAUUCUAACUCUUAUAAUAAGUUUGGUAAGGUAGUCGAAGAUUAGUGCAAAUCAAAAAAAUGAACAGAGUUCAAGUUGAGGCUAGUCCAUAGAAUCCUCUUCUGUGCAUGAUAAUCAAUCCUGAAAUACUAUUUGACGUUGGGCUUCACCGUUGUACUUGGUUUUUAAAUAUUAAACCAAAAAUCCUUUUUGGACAAAGCCUACCUUCAAAAGCCAUAUAAACUAAAGACUAACUUGUCAGACUGGCAUUAUUUUGGAAUUGUCAAGGCUUGGGUUCUAAAGUCUCAGCUUGUGGUUUUAAAGGAUUGCGCCUUGACUCCAGUCACAAAGACCUAAUGAGUAACGCAGUGUGGUGCAGAUGAGUAGCCCUUUUGUCAAAACAGUGUAAAUAUCAAAAUAUUUUCAUGCUGUCUUUCACGCUCCAGUUAUGUAAGAGAAAAUGCUUCAAAGUGUGCCAGGAGCUGCCACUUUGGAUGUAUUUCAUACACUAAAAUAUGAACUGCCAACUGUAUACCUUGGCAAUCAGAAAGUGAAUAGAAAUGGGGGUGAUACGAGUUUCCAUGCAGUGAAUCAUUUUUGUGUGUUGAAAAACUGGUAUUGGUGUUCUGUUCUCUUUUGACAGACCAGUGUUAACAUGUACCUGAAUGUUUUGCUAUACAGGCAAGAUUACCUUCAAAACCUGUUAAUACUUGUGGAAUGUUGCAUGCUUGGAUUUUUUUUUUUUUU